CUUUUCGUCAUAUUAAUAAAUGUGGUUAUGUUAAUUUUAAACGGUUUAUAUAACAUUACAAAUAAAAGAAACAAUGUCUUUGGGGCCUUUGCACGUUGUAAAACAAAGCAACAAGCUUUGUUCGGGUGCUGUAAUCUUUCUACAUGGCUCGGGUGAUACAGGACAGGGGGUGUUAAAUUGGGUAAAAUUUUUGGUUGGUGAUAAUUUUUCGUUGCCGCAUGUUAAGUUUUUGUUUCCUACAGCCCCUUUAAGGCCUUAUACACCUUUACGAGGAGAGUUGAGUCAUGUAUGGUUUGAUCGAUUAGACAUCACUCCAGAAGUGCCUGAACACGAAGAAACCUUAAAUUCUGUGGGAGGAGAAAUAAAUAAAAUAAUUGAAGAUGUGGUGAAAAGUGGUGUCCCCCUCGAUAGAAUUAUUGUGGGUGGUUUUUCUAUGGGUGGGGCUUUAGCUUUACAUACAGGGUACAGAUAUACCCCUGGUCUACCAGGUGUGUUUACUUUAUCAUCAUUUUUAAACAAAAAUUCUUUGGUGUACAAAGAAUUAAAAAGUAAAGAAACAAAAUUGUUUAUGUGUCAUGGAGAUAGAGAUACUUUAGUACCUAUCGAGUGGGGAAUAGAGACAUAUAAAGAAUUAGAUAAAUUAGGCAUUGAUGUUAAUUUUAAUAGGUUUAAAAACACAAUGCACGAAUUAAAGAAAAGGGAGAUUUUAGAUUUGUUCGAGUGGAUACAAACAAUAAUUCCGCCGCUGCCUAAUGAUAAUUAAGAAUAAAAC